AUGGCCCAGUCCCCCCCGGCCUCGCCCUCCCGCGCUGCCUUCAACCGUCCCGUCAGUCUCAUCAUGCGCCCGUCGCGGAGCAGCAGUCGCAUGAGCGUCGGCAGCGUCGCCAACUCCAACAGGCACUGCGGCAGCGGCAGCUCAGACGACGAUGCCAGGACCGCCGUCAAAGUUGACCCGGGCUUCGACCUGAUCCCGCAGCGCUUCCAGCGGCCGACCGUCCAUGUCACCUCGCCGACCUCGCUCGCCAUCGACGCCCCCCAGGGCCGCAAGCUCUUCGUCUUUGACCGCGUCUUCGGCGAGAGCGUCGACCAGGAGGGCAUCUGGGACUACCUGCACGACAGCGUCAACUCCUUCAUGCAGGGCUACAACGUCUCCAUCCUCGCUUACGGCCAGUCGGGCGCGGGCAAGUCCUACACCAUGGGCACCUCGGGGCCCUCAGAACAACACGACCCCAAAGCAAUGGGAAUCGUGCCGAGGGCGGCGCAGAUGCUGUUUGAGAAGCUGACGGGCUCGCCCACGCACAACAGGAGCUUCUCCGGCUCCCCAGUGACCGGCCUGCGGACGCCCCAGAGAUACUCCUCUGCCUCCUCCUUUGGCCGUGUCUCGGACAAGCCCUGGCAGAUGCGAGCAACCUACGUCGAGAUAUAUAAUGAACAAUUGAGAGACCUGCUGCUGCCAGAGUCGACACCCCCCGGAGAACGCAACACUGUCACCAUCCGCGAAGACACCAAGGGCCGCAUCAUCCUCACCGGCCUCCACCAGGUCGCCAUCAACUCCGUCGACGACCUCAUCAACGCCCUCAACUUCGGCUCGGCCAUCCGCCAGACUGAUUCCACCGCCAUCAACGCCAAAUCCUCUCGCUCCCACGCCGUCUUCAGCAUCAACCUCGUCCAGCGCAAAGACGGUUCAGCCGGCCUGCCGCUCUCUGCCCAGGAGAAACGCUUCUCCAUGCCGGAUCCUGCUUCUUCUUCCUCCUCAUCUACAUCUGGAGACCACGUUACCAUCGACAGUAAACUGCACUUUGUCGACUUGGCCGGAAGUGAACGCCUCAAGAACACGGGGGCCUCGGGAGAGCGUGCCAAAGAAGGCAUCUCCAUCAACGCGGGUCUCGCCAGCCUGGGCAAAGUCAUCUCCCAGCUCUCCUCCCGCCAGCAGGGGGCUCACGUCUCCUACCGCGACUCCAAGCUCACCCGCUUGCUCCAGGACUCCCUCGGUGGUAACGCAAUCACCUACAUGAUCGCCUGCGUCACUCCGCCCGAGUUCCAUCUCUCAGAGACCCUCAACACCGUCCAGUACGCCCAGCGGGCCCGCGCCAUCCAGUCCAAGCCUCGCAUCCAGCAGAUUACAGACGAGAGCGACAAGCAGGCCGUCAUCGAACGCCUCAAGGCUGAGGUCGCCUUUCUCCGCCAGCAGAUUCGUAACGCGGACGGGGGCGAGAGGGAUCGUCGUGCCCUUCUCACGCCCCAGGAGCGGUCCGACCGCCAGAACGAGCGCGAGCGGGAACUCCAGAACCACCUGCUCGACGUCCAGGAGAGCUAUACCGCCCUCAGCCAGCGCCAUGCUAAGCUCAUCUCAGAGCUCACCAAGUCCGAUCCCUCAGCAGACAGCAGCAAUGGCGUCGACGACGGAGGGGACGCCUCCAUGGAGCGCCUCAAGCGGUCCCACUCCUUCGCCGAGUCCGUAGAGCAGGUCGUCAUGGAGUACGAAAAGACCAUCCAGUCCCUCGAGUCCUCCCUCUCCCAGACCAGAGCUUCCCUCUCGGCCACCGAGAGCACCUUGCUCGAACGAGAGACAAAAUGCGCCUACAUCGAGACCGUCAACGGCCAGCUCCAGGCCCGCAUGCAGAAGAUGCUCGACCGCGAGGCCAACACAGAGAGCUACCUGCACGACCUCGAGUCAAAACUCGACAGCCAUGCUACGGGUGAAGAGAAGAACGCUGCCAUCGUCGCAGAGCUCAGAAAGGAGCUCAACCGCGCCAGAGAGAACGAAGCCAGCUGCGAGGACUAUAUCUCUACACUCGAGGAACGUCUCGCCGAGGCUGACCAGGACAUGGAGCUCAUGCAGUCCGAGAUGGACCGCCUCGAGCAUGUCAUCGACCGCCAGCGAAGCCUCGGAAAGCUCGACAACCUCCUCUACGAACUCGACCAUGUCCAGAACGGUCACUCCAGGUCAGAGUAUUCUGCAGAGUAUCCUACAGAGUAUUCUGCUGUUGGCAUCCACGACUCCAGGAAGCUGUCUUCAGCUGGCUCUGCUUCUACCAUCAGACCCAAAAAGACUACUCGCACCAGGACGCCCUCGCUCGACGUCCUCACCGAAGCUGUCGAGACCGCCAUCCCAGAGUCCGACGACGACCUCCUCCUGGCCGACGGCUCCACCCCGUCUUCUAUCCAGGAAGAAACCGCCCUCGACCUCGCCAGAGACGACGCCGGCCUCGCUGCCCUCGAGAGAGCUACCCCUACCAACUCUACCUUUGCCAGAGACGCCCACGAUGACGAUGAUGAAGAUGCCAAAAACGACGAACCAGAGCCAUACACGCCCAGUGCUGCUCAGUCUCAGUUCGUCGCUGAAAAACUCGACAGCGUCACCCAGGAGCUGUUCGACCUGCGCAUCCAGCACGACCACUCCAUGAACGAGUACGCCCUGCUCAACGCAAAAUACCAGGAGUCCCUGCGCGCCAUGGCAGAGCUCCAGGACGCCAUGGACGAGAUCCGCCACAGCCAGCGGUCCCAGCACCCCGUCCAGCCUGCCGUCGCUUUUUUAGACACCAAGCUCGCUCAGAACGGCCGUCCAAGGGUCAAUGGCAAUGGAGUCUCGGUCUCCUCCUAUUCCAAUGGUGGACAAACAUCACGCUCGCUCUCCUCGGAGUUGUCCUCGGCAGAGCAGGCCAACAGCUCAUCCUUCACUUCUUCCACCACUACUAACAAUACAGAGGUUGAAGAAGCAGACCAAGGCGAAGAAGAAGAUGAUUCCGAAGAAAGUGAUGUGGUCAAGAAACUCAAGGCUGAGCAUCAACAGGCCCUCGAUGCUGUCACCAGCAAAUUCAACGAACUCCAGAUGGAGCACGAAGACAGCCUCACCCUCCUCGAGAGCCUCAAGGACGAAGUCACCCGCUACAAGAACGCCGCCUCCUCGCCUCCACACACCCCAAAUGUCAUCCGCCGCAUCACCAGCCAGAGCAUGAUGACCGUCGACCGCGCCCACAGGAACCUCUCGGCUCUCCGCAUCCAGGCCGCCGAGGAAUUCGAGGGCCGCCCCGAAACCCUCCAGAGCUUCGACCAGAAGAUCGACUCCGCCCUGCGCGAACUCAACUCUCGCAUGGAACGCAUCCAGGCCCUCGAGGCCGAGAACAAGAACGUCAAGAAGGAAAUGGAGACCAAGGCCACCAUCAUCUCUGGCCUUACCCGCGAACGAUCCAGCUUGCAGUCCGUCUCGCCCGUCGACAUGACCGUUGUCUCUCAGCUACGUGACCAGAUCGUCAAUGCCGAGGGACAGAUGAACGAGAUGAGAGAGGCCCACGAAGCUAAAGAGCGUGAACUCGCAGAGGAACUAAAGUCCGUCAACGCCCUCGUUGAAUCGCAAAAGGCCGAGCUAGACUCUCUACGCAAGGAAGUCGAGGAGUGGCAAGGAAAACACCGCCAGACUGCCGAGGAACUGGCUCUAGUCCAGAGCCGCCUCGAAGCAUCAGAAAAGCAAGUCAAGGCCACCGUUGCCGAGCUCGAGGCCUCCCUGGCCAACGUCGAUGCCAUGCGUGGUACCAACAGCAGCAGUAAAGGUGGCGUGUCUGCUGAUGAAGCCGCUGCCACCGCUGAUGCCCUGGAGAAAGAGAGAUCUCAACACCAGGAGCUAGUCAACAGCCUCAAACAGGAGAUCGACGGCCACAAGGCCACUAUAGGAGCACAUCUGGCCAAGAUUGCUACUCUCGAGAGCGACCGCGACGGUUCUCGCGCUGCUCUGGACGACCUCGCUGGCUCAGAAGACCAAUUGGCCUCGCACAAGGCCCGUGUAACCGAGUUGUCCAGGGACAUCGAAGUACACAAAUCCACCGUUGAAGCUCAGCAGGCCCAGCUCGAAACCCUCCAGCUCACGCACAAACGCGAACUCCUCGAACUCGAGUCCAAAACCAAAGCCGCCGCCGAAGCUCAGUUCGAGUCCCAGCUCGCCGAAAAGGCCGCCGCCCACGAAGCCGCUCUCGACGACCUCCGCGCCGAACUCACCAAGUCCAAGGACGAAUCGGCCCAGAUUCUCAAGACAAUCUCCUCCUUGCUCAAGACUCAAAGCCCCGUCACCCCCUUUACCCUGCAGGACCAACUUCAGGACGUCCUCUCGCAAAAGGACCAGUUCGCCGAGAAGUACUCUGCUCUCAUGGACACUAAUGAGUCCCUGACCCGCCAGCUAGACGAGAAGACCGAGACACACUCCGCGCUCGAGAAGCAGGUCGUCGACCUCAAGAACAAGGCCAACGAGCACGAGAUGAAGGUCAACGAUCUAGCCGUGCUGGUGGCUAACCACGAAGAAGCCAUUGCUGCCAAGGAGGCGACUAUAGAGGAGAUCAAGGCCGAGAAGGAGAAGAGCAUCCGUCUUGUCGAGGAGCUGGAGGAGCAAAUCACCUCUUCGUUUGACCAGCAUAACAACAGACUCUCGGUCAUCCAGGCCGAGAAGAGCAUGGCCCUGGAAGAGGCCAAGGCUAAGAUUGCCGCGCAUGACAAGGAGAUUGAGACUUAUCGUGCUCGUAUCGAGCAGCUGGAGGCACAAACACGCCCCAUCUCGCCGGAAGGAGGCCACAUCGACCGCGGCUCCGGCUCCAUCUCAACCAACCUCCGCAAGAGCUCGUCCGCAGCCUCGCUUCCCUCACCACCACCCGCCAUCCCGCUCCCUCCACUCCCCAAUAUCGCCGCUGCCGCAAAUCCAGCAAGCAUCUCGCCGCCCUCAUCCCGACACCAGAGCAAAGAACUCGCCAACAACCAAUUCGUCGAGGACCAAGAAGCCCGCAUCCGCACCAUCGAGAAACACCUGCAUGCCGAGAAGCAGCUCACAGCCACCCUCGAAGAAGCCCUCGGCGACCUCGAGGCGCAAAGCAACAAAGUCAAAUCAGACAUGGAACUAUGGAAGAAGAAAGCAUGGCAGCUCGAGGAAGAAGUCACCACCUUGCGAUCGGAGCGUAACUCGGCCCGUCUCUCUCUGCAGGCUGUCGAGGAGGAACGAAGCGCUCGACGAGAAGCUGAGGCUGCCCGCGCCCAUUUGGAAGAGAAGAUGAAUGCCAUCAGCAAGAAGAAGAAGAAGAGCACCCUCAACUGCUUCUAG